AUGGGUGGUGCCAGCAAGGAUUUCACCACGCUCCUAGCCACUACGUUCCACCGAAGCGCCUCGAAAGAAGCUGCGUUCGCAAUUGCGGUAAAGAUGGUGACUGUAUCCGGUACAAAAGUUAAGAUCGUUAAGAAGAAGGUCACCAAGUUUAAGAGACAUGAGUCCGAAAGGUAUCACCGCCUGAAGCCAAACUGGCGCAAGCCAAAAGGUAUUGAUAAUCGCGUUCGCCGGCGAUUCCGAGGAAUGCGUGCUAUGCCCAACAUUGGUUUCGGAUCCGACAAGAGAACUAAGUUUGUUCUUCCAUGUGGCUACAAGAAGGUGUUAGUCAGGAAUGUCAAGGACCUAGAUAUGCUUCUUAUGCAGUCGUUCCGAUACAUCGGUGAGGUCGCACAUAGUGUCUCAGCACAGUCCCGCAAAGCAAUUGUUGAGCGUGCAGCACAAUUGAACAUUAAGCUGACGAAUGGGCAUGCCCGUAUUCGCACAGAAGAAAGCGAGUGA